AUGGAAAGAAAAAACUCCGAAAGUAAGAUUAGCCUAUCGAGCAAAGAAGGCGCCAAUGUAUAUAAAGGGAAGUCGAAGAGUAGACAGAUAAAUCCGUUGAGGAAUGAUUCAGAAGGUAACCAUGCCAAGGAGAUGAACAUGUCCUUGAGCGUGCUGGGUGAAAAGUAUGAAAAGACGGAUCCUCCUGAACAGGGCGCAUUGAGGGGAGAUAACAGCCAAUGCGCAAGAGGAAAAUGUGUGAGCAGUAAGAAUGUGGGCGAGGUGAAUAAUAGUAAGUAUAGGAAAAAUAGCAAACAGAGAAACCAUAGUCGUGGUUACCACCGUGAGGAGGAUGAUAAUCAGAAUGACAAAAAUGGUGAUAAGGGGAAAGAGGAGAAAAUUGCAAACGACGGGGAAUCCUCGUACAAACGGAAGAGCCUAUCCGUAAACUGCUACGAAAACAGGAAUAGGAAAACGCUGUACAGACACAACGUAUUAAAUGAGGAGCAGAAAAAUAUCGAGUGGCUCCUGACUAGAGAAAAAAAUGUAGAACAUCUUGAAGCGAUCAAUUUUGACCACAUGAUGAGGGACAACCUCUUUAGUUCUUUCCACAACAGGAAGAACCACGGUGAUGUCAGUGACAAUGGCGGUGACCCUGGCAGUGGUGAUGCCAGUAGCGAUGCCAAUGGUGGAGACCUAAGUAGAAGAAACAAACAUAGAAGAAGUUUGCGCGUCCGGAAGGACGACAGCUCGAAGAGGAAUAAGAGCACGCCGGAUGAGAGGGAGAUAAAGAACCUCGCAAAUAUUUUAUGCAAAAUUAAGAAGGAGGAGGACCAAGUACAAUCGAACGUGGAGGAGGAGGAGGAAGACCAUGAGGUGCCUCUGACCAGGGAAUACGACAUGUCGUACGAUGGGCGCUAUGAUGGGCGCUACGAUGGGCGUUACGAUGAGCGCUACGAUGGGCAUUAUGACGGGCGCUAUGAUGGGCGCUACGGUGGGCGCUAUGAUGGGCGCUACGAUGGACCAUACGAUAGGCUCUACGGAAGGUCACUCGACAUGCCAUACGAUGCAUACCUGGAUCGACACCGCAAGGGACAUACUAAUAGACGCUGCAACCAACAUUUGGGAGGAUCCCAUGUUAGGGGAUAUGGUGAAGGCUAUGACAGUCACGUGGAUUGUCAGGCGGAUCGUCAAAUCGAUCGUCAAAUCGAUCGUCCUUGGGAUCGUCACUGGGACGGUAGCCGGGAUCGUCACUGGGACCGUGGUCGGGACCGUAACCUGGAUCGUAGCCUUCAUCGCUACGUCGACGAACGAUGUGUGCAACGCUUCGAGGAGGUGCUCGGAGGAAGGGAGGAAAUUUACCGAAGAAGAAGGAGAGCUAUGGAAGAAUACGGUGAGUACAGAGAAAGGAGGAAGGAUGACCUAACCACCUAUGAUGAUCGACGCUCACAUAUGAUGGUCCAGGAAGGGAGUGGAAGUGCAGGAGAUUUGUUUUUGUACAAAAGCGCCUUGAGAAAUGGAAGCGAGGGAAUAAAAGAAAAAGAGCACCAUCAGAAGCAACAGGUGUAUCAAAAGCAACAAAAUCAGCACGUGUAUUCAAACAUCGCCGAUAUAUGCAAAAGUUAUAUAAAAAAUAUUAAUAGCAUUAACAAGAAUACAUAUAGGGGGGAAAGCAAGGAUAGCCUUUUUCGAUACCCCAUCGGAAGUGCCAAGCCAUAUGAUGAGCCUUACCCAAGUGGAGACCAUUACAACGGUGGGGACAGUUACCAAUUGGGGGUGAUUAAGAUGGGGAUCAAGGGAGGCCCAGGUGAAACAGGGCAAAGUUUGAACACGCCAAAUUACAGAUUAACAAGUGGAAAGGGGGUGAGCAGACAGGAUUUGUCUGGCCACUCCCCUAGUAACAGAGGAAGGGUGAACAGUGGGGAGAGGAGUAUUAAGGAGAGUAGCAACCGGGAACGCAACGACAAUCAUGGUAGCGGUAAGCAGGUUGGCGGUAUCCAUGUGAAGGAUGGCUAUCCAAGCUCCAUCCUCUCAAGUAGCAAUACUGCGGGUAGAAACCGAGAACCAGGUGCCAAGCAGAAGCCUAUGCGAAAUGUGCACUUUUUGGAAGUCGACACGAAAGAGCAGGAGUCAAAGUGCAGGAGAAAGGAUUAUGGAGCUAGCGGAAAAAAUAUAAUGCAAACGAACAAUAUGGAUCGUAGGAACGUCGAUCCAUUAGUUUUAAAGUACAUGGAUGAGGGGGAAAAUAACAUGGAGCAGAAAAAGAGGAAGAAAAAAAAUAAGCAUGGUAAUGCUAACAAGGUAGGUGAUGUCCAGAUGGAGAUAGUUGUCCCUAUCAACUACGAUGGAAAAAGUACCAAUAUAGGAAAAGGGAAUUCUUUUCUGGGAUCGAAGAGCACAUCUCAUGAGAAGGCACCCACAUGUAGCAAGCCCAACGGUGCGAACAAUAACAUCACGGGUAUUUCAAAUGGUAAUGACCCUAGCAGUGGCUAUGAUCAGGGUGUGGGGAAAGGCGGUGACAAAGGCGGUGACAAAGGCGGUGACAAAGGCGGUGGCAAAGGCAAUGGAAAUAAGAACGUUCGCAUCGGUUUGAGCGACCAAGCGGCAUCUUUCCACCAUGUCGAAAACCAAGGGGAAAAAGAAAUUCCCAUGGAAAUUAUAAAGUACUGCAAAGAAAACAAUCUUAUCUUGAAUAAGGAAAUAAAGGAGCUCUUAAACUAUUACAGCGAUGCUCCUCAGGGUGAUGGUGCUUUGCCCAAGGAUUCCGCGAAGAAGGGAGUGAACCCGCAUGUGUUACUAGGGAAACCGGUAAGCGCCUUGAGUGCGAACAACCGUUUGAACGUGAGUACUCGUCUUGGAGGAGAAGAAGACGGCAGUACUAACCUCUCUACUAAGCCUCAGGGUACCAACCCCAUCAGGAGUGAAAAAAAAAUAAUUGCAUAUGCUAAAAGUAGUAAGCAUCCAAAGAGCAGUGCAAAUAUACUCCAAAAAAAUCGUCCAGCAGAACUGGACAAGUACAGCAGUAAGACGCAUACAAGUCUGAACCUAGUGACCAGUAGCAAUAGCAGUAGUACUGGUAACGAUAAGACGGGCACAGGUGUUGCAUCAUCGCAGAAGAAAAAUUCGACUCCUCAGGGAAUCAUCUCUUUGACGAAUGAUGUAGGGGAUGCAUCCUCCAACGGUGGUAGUAACACUGUGGAUGGAAGUCAUAAAAAUGAUUAUUUGGGAGGAAGCAAAAAAGGCUUUAGGAAGGACAACAAGGUGGAUUUCUCUUUGAAUGGUGCAAAUCUCGUCAAGGGAGCGGCUUCAACCAUUUUGAAGAAACCUUUGGUGGAGGAGAUGGCGGGCGGAAGUGGUAAAGAGAAGGGAAAGGUGGGAGCCUCUCAUAGUAUCAACAUCAUCAAUAGCGAUGAUAAGGGCAAUAACCACGCCGCUUGUAACAACCACCCCGUUUGCAAGAACCGCACCACCUACAACCGGGAAUCGCUUGGCAUGCCGAAGAAGGAGGAGGAUCUGGCGAAGCUGAUGAAAAGCUACUACGAAGAUGUGCUACAAUGUUACCAGCAAUAUAGUCGAAGCGGCAUGGAUGACGAGAAAUCUUUCCACCUGUGUGAGUACUGUGAACAGAAUAUUUUUAAUUUAAGUAAUUUGAUAACAGAGAAUGAAGCCAAGGAAAACAUGUACACAUGUAACGUAUCAUGCGGGAGAACGUUCCACAUCAAGUGCGUUAGUUAUGUCAAACCAAAGGGAAACAAUUAUAUAUGCUUCUUCUGCUUGUAUGACAUAAACUUCUGUUCCUUGUGUAAGGAGAUUACAACGAAUGAUGGACUCAUCCCUUGUUACUACCCACUGUGCAAUAUAUUUCUCCAUACGAAGUGCGUUGAGAAGCUGAACCUAAUGCACACGGAUUGCUUAAAGCAGUACUACUAUUGCACCCAUUUGGUUGCAGAAAAUUCGGGAAAUAAUACGAACCAGAGGAAAAACAAAUGGAAGAAAAAAACAAAUUAUUAUCGAAAAAAGAAGUGGUAUAGAAAGAAUAAAUACGCAACGUUAAAUAAAAAAAUUGAUAAGUAUGAGAAGAGUGACAAGGCAAGUCCACAUAACCAAGGGAAAAUAUCUGGUACUUGCACAACAGAUGCUCACACAAAUGGAACGUGCGUAAAGAACGUAAUCCGUGGUGGUAGUGACGAAGUGGAGAACACAGAUAAUAAGCAUACCAAAGGUGGAGCAAACAACGAGCUAGUGAAAGGGGAUGAAGUGACUAAAAACAGAAGCAGACAUUUAAAACUUAGCAAAUAUAUAUGCCCCCUACAUGCCUGUUAUGUGUGCAAAGAAUUCUAUAUCGUCAAUUUGGAAAAAGUGAAAAAUAAAAAAAGCAGUUGUCUCUUCAGAUGUAUAAAGUGCCUGAAGUCUGUUCAUCUCCAUUGCAUGACCAACAAUUACAUUAUUUCCUUUAAGCAGAAAAUUAUGUUCUGCUCCAGUCAUAUUGAGUACUACAAGAAGAAGCACAUGGAGAUGUUACUUAGUCGUUUUAGUAAACUGACGAAGGGUGAGAAAAAUAAAAAAAUUCCUUGCGUUAGAAGUAUGGGUACCCUUACGGAUUCAACGAGUAUUAUCUCCACGACGGGUCUUAAACAUAAGAAGGUAAUCAGCGAUAAUCAACCUUCCAAGGGGAGUAUCCACCGAAAUGGUACCCCUUCUUCAGCGCUAUCUUCCCAACCUAUUGGCGAAAAAGACAAAGUCACAUCUGCGUCUAUUAGGGUUACAAAUCGCACAGAGGAACCCAUUCAGCACCUAGGGAUAAAUCAGUUUGAAAAAAAAAGUAAUACAAAUGUUUCUCCAUCUUGGAAGGACCAAGAGGAAGGACAGAAUGUUGAACAACAGGAGAAGAUCAAAUCGGGUAAUAUCCAAAAGGGAGUUAUCAUUAAUGAGGAUGUUAAGCAAAAUUUGGAAGGAGAAAAUGAUAGAAGUAAAAGUAGACCUAUAGUUGUGGGUACUGUUGUCCCCGCUAACUUAGGGACGAAGGAGGAAAAGGAAAAAGUUAUAUUUGACUUAACCGAUGAAGGAGGAAAAGAAGGCGACUUGAACAUUAAGAAUGAAUUUCAGUCGAAGAAUUCUUGCGAAGAGAGCGAAUCGAGCAAGUGUGCUGGCAAGGACAUAUCCCUAGUAAUUGACUCCCCAAAGAGUACUCCUAUACCCGAAAUCUUAUACCAUAGCCAUAAAGGAAAUUUGCAGCCGACAAAGGAAGUGGUAGUUGGUAUGCAUAUCGAAAAAGAGGCCUCCCAUUUGGAGAACAAGAACGGCCCGAUGGGUGAUCAGGCAGGGGAAGACAAAGAUAAAAAUGGUGGCGAAAAUAUAGACAAGGAUUUUAACAGAAAUGAUCAUCACAAAAAUGAGAACAAAAAUGAGAACAAAAAUGAGAACAAAAAUGAGAACAAAAAUGAGAACAAAAAUGAGAACAAAAAUGAUCACAAAAAUGAUAGUAAAAACGAUGGAAAAAGUGACGACAGAAAUGACGAUGCAAUUUUUAAAAACAAAAAAAGGAAAGCUGCAAAUGUUGAUAAUGCUGAGAUGUUGAAAAAGUACAAUUUGGAUAUAACAAUUUUUGGCGAUUUUUCUAAGAGAAAUGCUGACCCAUGUAUAAUGCAAGAAGGGAAUUCUUUAUCGAAGAGGAUUUGUGUGGCUAGUGACACUGCUAAGGGGGAGAAGUAUCCCCUCAGCUCUAUCGACGUGCAAGGAGGAGGGAGUCAAUUUUGCGGCAAACAGGUGAGUAUACAUAUUAAGGGGAGAGUAUCCAAGGGGGAAGCCCAAGAUACACAGAAAUUGAAAAAUAUUACUAGUUGGAAAAUGGAGGAAUUAUGUAAGAACCUGUUAUCCCGAAAGAAAAUAUAUAACAUGUACACGAAGGAGCAUUUUCAAAGUGAAGUAGAAUAUAAUUACUACGUCCUGAUUAAGAUGAGGAGUAUUCUACACAUGGAGAAAUCCCUGCUAGGUUUAAAAGAAAUGAAUCCAAACAAGAUAAAUCAAGAUUGUGAAGAACACAUAAAUGUCUUGUGUGAGUUUCGGGAGGAGUUUAUCAAUUUUGUUAUUUUUCUUUUUAUGAAGAGAGGCACAGAUGGGGCGCUGGCAGAAGGGUGCAAAUGGGAGCAGCAAGAUGGGAAAAAGCAUAGGCAACAAAAUGGACCCCCAAAUGAAGCGCCUAUUGAAUGCAUAACUGGAGAGGAAAAGCAGACCGAGAGGAAUGGAGCCCAAUCAUGUGCACUCUAUUUGGAAAGUAAAGACCAAUGGACAACUGCUAGUUGUAGGAAAAAUGUGGUGAAGGAGGGUCAAUGUAAUGUGUCCCCAACAAGUGGAACUGAUGGAAACGUAGAAGAGUGCACGUUAGAUGAUCUAGCAAGGAAGAACGCAAUUCGUGUAAAUUCUAAUCAAUGUGUGACUGGGGAAAAUCCUGAAGGUACAGAAGAAACAGCUGUGGAUGUACUCGCCCCUAGCGCAAAUAUCACCACUACAAUCACCGCUAAUGGAGACACGGCAGGUGGAGAACAGAGUAGGAGCAAAAGGAAAGAGGAGAAAACCAAAUGGGUCUCCAACGAUUUGUUAAACAUAUUAUACAAGGAGCUCAAAAACGCCUCCAGCAUUAUUAGGCCAUCUGUGAAAGGAGGUACACAUCAGGGAUUAUCAGUGGGAAAGAGUUCCCAUACUGUGGAGAGUAACUUACAAGAGGUAGUAGAGUUCAACAGAACAACGAUUCCUACUGCUAUUGAGAAUCGAACAUUGUGCAUGAGCCAAAGUAAGUGCUUGAGUGGAGAACUGAAAGGAAGAGCGAACUCUUCCAUGAUCAGUAAAGGAGGAGACAGUACAAAGUGGAAUGAAGAAAUAGAUAGAGGAAUAUCCUUUGGUGGGAGAAUGAACGGAGGAAAUAGUUCCGACGAAGUAACAGGAAGAAUAUUACGUACCGUGGAAGGUAGAUUAAGCCAGGUGAAUGGAAAUUAUGGAGAAGUAGAAGAGGAGCCUGGAAAAGGAAAGAAAAAAAUGUUAAAUAACGCAAAAAUGGAGUUAACUGAAUUUUUACGGCUAACACAAAAUGGAUGGAAAAUAGAUGUGAGCAUUUUAAAAAAGUCAAGUCUUUACUUAAAUUUCGAAUACAUUUCCAAAAAUGUGUACUUGAAUGAUCAAAAUAAGAACCUGUUGGCGUGUAAAUCUGAUGACUAUAGAUGCUUGUGCCAGGGGGAAUGUGACCCAUACAGUUGUUACAACUCACUGAGCAAGAUUCAGUGCUCCAAGAACAGAUGUAACUUGCCAAUACAGAUUCAAGACAAGAAGUGCUUUAAUCGACCGUUCAGGCAAUCCGCGAUAAAGGACCUCGAGAUUAGACAGACGGAACGUACUGGAUACGGAGUGUUUAGCAAGCGGGACAUAAAGAAUGGAGAACUCAUAUGUGAGUACGUUGGGGAGGUCCUGGCAAAGAAAGAAUUUGAGGAAAGGGUGGAAGCCUACCAGGAGGAAAGCAAAAAGACGAACAUGUACAACUGGUACUCAAUUCAGAUAAAUCGUGAUGUCCACAUUGAUAGCAGGAAGAAGGGCAACAUCUCGAGAUUUGUGAACCACUCUUGUUCUCCCAACAGCGUUUCGCAGAAAUGGAUCGUCCGCGGCUUCUACCGUAUUGGAAUAUUUGCACAACGGGAUAUUCCCGCCGGGGAGGAGAUAACAUACAACUACAGUUAUAAUUUCGUGUUCAAUAAUUUCGAGUGCCUGUGCAAGUCCGCCAACUGCAUGAAUUACACCUUGAAGAAAAAGGAAGAGACGGACAACGAAAUGAGCGAUAUGGAGAUAACGGACCAUGAUAUUUUCAACCCGAUAGUGAAUUUCAAUAAUCUGCACGGGAAGAUGCAGGACUGGGUGGUUCACCUUGAUGGUGUAGGAACCAAGUCGUUAUAUAAGUACAACAAAAAUAAUGCGCUUAAUUUAAGGCUAAUGGAAUCCUAUUCCACUUGGCUUUUUUUCGACCUGAAUUUUGAGAAAAAUAAGUUUUUCGCUCUCAAGUCCAAGCCGUUCAAUGCUUUGAGCGAGUUUUGGAAAAUCCUUGUUUCGUCUUUUUCCGAUGGGGAGAAGAAUAUCAUAAACGCCUUCAAUUUGUUCUUGCCCUCUCUGAUAAAGAUUGGCCAGUUGCGAAGAAUUCAGCAGUAUAGCUACAUUCUGAACAACAUUGUGGGCUCGGAGCACGAGAUGUGGAACCUGAUCGACAAGGGAUUCGCGGACGAUGAGGUGUGCAGGAAGUGCAAAAGCUGUGGAAACCUUACCAUGUGCGAUAAGUGCUUCAACAGCUACCACCAAAUCUGCGGAAACAUGCACUCCAAGGUUUACAAAAACACCGAACUAGUUCUGUGCAAAUUUUGCCAAAAGUAUGAUUACAAGAUAAAGUGGAUUAAGCAAAGCUACAGAGAACGAAUGAAGUCUUCCAUUGAAAUUAGGAGCAUCGCGUUUUACAAACUAAACCGGGAUAUCAUGACGCUAUUGGAACAGUCGGUAAAGCACACGAAGGAUAUGUCUCUAUCGGCUAUGAAGGAGCACAACGCGAAGGAGUACAAUAGCAAAAAACUCCGCAUGAAGAAGUUCCAGUACAAGUACGUCAAGAUAUAA